AUGCAACCACAAAGAUCAAACCCCUCUCUAUCUGUGCGGCCCAUCGUCUUGGGGCUCGCCAAAAUCUUGUUCCUCUCCCUUGGGCAGAUACCCAUCGUUCGAGCUGCCCCGGUCUACGCGGCGAAGCUAUUCGCUGCCGCCGAAGAACAGGAAGGGAAAGAUCCCGAUGACCCGAGCCUAUGGAUAUACUUGACUGUGGCCGCAGUGCUUGUUUUGUUGGGAGGGGCCUUUGCCGGGUUGACGAUCGCGUUGAUGGGACAGGAUGAAAUAUACCUACAAGUCAUAAAGGAUUCUGGUGAAGGAAAAGAGAGAGCGCAUGCUGCCAGGGUGCUUAAGCUGCUCCGGAAAGGAAAGCAUUGGGUCCUGGUCACAUUGUUAUUGAGCAAUGUCAUCACCAACGAAACUCUUCCCAUCGUGCUAGAUCGGUCGCUGGGCGGGGGGUGGCCGGCCGUCCUGGGAUCGACCGUCUUAAUUGUCAUUUUUGGUGAAAUUGCUCCUCAGUCCGUCUGCGUCCGUUAUGGCCUCCCGAUCGGCUCCUGGAUGGCGCCAUUCGUCCUGAUCCUCAUGUACAUCUUGGCCCCUGUGGCAUGGCCAACCGCUAAACUGCUUGACUAUCUCCUCGGGGAAGAUCACGGAACAGUAUACAAGAAAACGGGGCUGAAAACAUUAGUGUCCUUGCACAGAAGUCUUGGAGAAGCCAGUCAACGGCUCAAUGCCGAUGAAGUGACAAUAAUCAGUGCUGUUCUCGAUCUAAAGGACAAGCCGGUCGGGAGCAUCAUGACGCCAAUGGACGACGUCUUCACUCUGUCCCUCGACGAUGUUCUAGACGAAUCCACCAUGGACGACAUUCUGUCACAGGGCUAUUCGAGAAUACCCAUCCACCACCCAGAUAACGACUCCAACUUUGUGGGCAUGUUGCUGGUCAAAAUGCUCAUCACAUAUGAUCCAGAAGACGCGAAGCCUGUCCGGGACUUUGCUUUGGCAACUUUACCAGAGACUCGCCCCGACACUAGCUGUCUGGACAUUGUGAACUUCUUUCAGGAAGGCAAAUCCCACAUGGUCCUUGUAUCGGAGUAUCCUGGAGAAGAUCACGGCGCCCUUGGUGUGGUAACCCUGGAAGACGUCAUUGAAGAGCUGAUUGGUGAAGAAAUCGUGGACGAAUCCGAUGUAUUUGUCGAUGUGCACAAAGCCAUUCGACGAGCCAUGCCUGCGCCGACCAGGCGUAUCCCAAAGACGUAUUUCCUUCCGGAUGAACCCUCGACUAUCAAUGGCGCCGCCCCAGACUUGGCCAACAUCGACGAAAGUGAAAUACUCUCCCCCGAAGACUUGCAGAGAGCGAAGACGGCGGAUAAUCCACCGCAGAAAUCAAAAGGCCUGGUUGCUGCUAGAAGACGCUCGAGCGCAGGAAACAGCGCGGCUGGAGACAGCAAGGCUGGACGAAGAGCCGCCAGCACAGAUGAGAUCAAGGAGCAUCUGAAGCACCUUGGGCCGUCCAACCUGGCGAGUAGGCCGAGGUCAACUCGGUAUAACACGGUCAAGAUCAAGCCCGGCAACAGCACAGCGUCCAAGGAGGAUGAAACUCGCGUGACUCCAGUUCGCCGGAUCUCUGAAAAUGUUUCGGAAUAUCAGAGUGGCAUUGGUGAAGGCAUGCUCAGCUCGGGUGGUAAGGUCGCCAGUGGUGGCGUGCAGGCCUUGAAGCAGGGUCAUGGCUCUAUUUCGGGUUCACCGAAUGAAAGGAGGCUACACCAUACAAUCCAGACGGAAUCAACACACGAACAAGAAUCUAACCAUCAUGAUGGAGCAAAUGACGUUCAACAAUCCAGACCACCUGCGAGGACUCUUGAGAGCCAGAGCACCAUUGGUAGCUUGCCCGACUCACGAACUCCGUCGAGAAGCCCCUAUUACCACUCUAAGGGUCCAGCCCGAAGUGGUAGUAUCACAGAAAACAUUGUCGACACUAACGGUUUCCGAAAGAUUGUGCUUGAGAUGACGUCAAGCAGCGAGUCGAACGAGGAAGAAGAGAACUCAGGAGCCAACAAAGGACAUCACGGGUAUGAUGAACGCAGACACCUAUCUGGGGUAAAACUACCGGCCGGCAGCAAUGAACAUGCUCCUGAACCCCAUGAUGAUGACUCGAAGAAGAAAAAGCGCAGACGACGGAAGCAUGGCCAUGGAAACAGAAAAGGGGAACGUGAACCACUGUUAGGCGACUAG